AUGGAACACAACCUCGCUGCGUCUGCGCCAGACUCACCCCAGUGUCUCCCUGGGCAUACCAACCCCGAUGGCGAUUUAGAUUAUCCCCUCGGCCUUCUCAAUAGGCCUUCCAUUCACAUUGAAGAUUUCGAAGAAGUUGCGACUAUCAAUGGCGAUGAAUCUAACGCAAAUGUUGAUUCUACAAACGUCCGCUCCCACCGAGGGAGUGGGAGGUCUGCGGAGGAGGAGAGGCCCGCCUCUCCUCCCUCUUCAAUCAAGGCUUUUGCCUCCGCCCGACGUCGCCCGCGUCGAGAACUAGGAGCAGAAUUUGAUUUGGAUCCUGAAGAAAGUGUAACCCGAGCUGCGUCUGUGUCGAACCGAAGCCACAGUAGCAAGCCCCUGACAGGCGAAUAUAGACCAGGAAGCAAUCUGAACCGCAGCUACAACGAAGAGCAGAAAGGGGAAGUAGUGGAUCCCACCGAGGCCGGAAUUAGUGGUGAAAAUAACAACAAUGACCAUUCCGAAAGCUCCAAGGAAGAUCUAUACAUCGAUUUCGAGUUCCUCGAACAGUUCAUACAGACUGAGCGGGCAUCACACCAGAACGCUCCCAUGCAAAAUGAUAAUACCAUUCCCGGGUUAGCUGAUGAUGUUGUUGUUGUCUCGCCAGUUGAUCCUGACUCCGACAAGCUUCACAAGAUUCAGAAAGGAGGUCGGGCACUUGACCUGAACCGCUUUAGUUUCUUUUCGACUGUUUGGGAGUCCACUGUUCAUGCUUCCGAACUAGCCAAUUUGGUCCAGGAUGGCGAGAGCCUCAAGAGUCUAUUUGAACAUCCUCGGAAUGAGCACUGUGUGUGGUGGCUCAAUUGCAAUAACCCAACCAAAGAAGAGGUCCAGGGGCUGUGUCAAGCUUUCGGAAUUCACCCCCUGACUGUGGAAGAUAUCAUCACGCGUGAAGCGCGAGAAAAGAUUGAGCUUGUCAGUUCUUACUAUUUUGCCUCUUUUCAGUCUUUCCAUACAGUGAAGUCUGGCGAGAAUCUGGAGUAUGAAGGUUUCAACAUGUAUGUUAUUGUGUUCCGGGAAGGUGUAUUGAGCUUCAGCUUCAUGCCGAAUCCACAUGCAACCUCUGUCCGCCGGAAAAUUACCACUCUCAAGGAAUAUAUCUCACUCAGCAGCGAUUGGAUCUGCUAUGCUCUGAUUGACAACAUCGUUGACGACUUUGGACCUGUGAUACGCCAGCUUGAACGAGAGGUAGACUCUAUCGACGACAGCGUCUUCUUGAUGCGAGACCGUGACUCAAGCGAGUUUCUCAGACGCAUUGGAUUGGCGCGAAAGAAUUGUAUGGCGCUCAUCCGCCUGAUAGGAGGCAAGGCCGAUGUACUUCGCAGCUUCACCAAGCGCUGCAAUGAAGACUAUCCCAAUGCGCCCCAUACUGACAUUGGAAUAUAUCUCAGCGAUAUUCAAGACCAUGUUGUUACUAUGACAACCAACAUCAUUCAUUUCGAGCAGAUUCUUGCGCGUGCACACAGCAAUUACCUCGCCACGGUUUCUGUUAUGAGUAUCUCCCAGGGGAACAACACGAACAAGAUGCUGAAUAAAAUCACGCUCCUUGCCUCCAUUCUGGUCCCUCUCAAUCUAGUCGGAGCCGUUUUUGGUAUGAACAUACCUGUUCCUCUUGGAACGGUAGACCGUGAUAACCUUGGACCAUUCUUUGGUGUCAUUGGAUUCAUGGCGCUGUUUACGUCUUUUAUGCUUGGCUUGGGAAGAUACCAUGGGCUAAUUUAA